CCCAGGCGCACUAGGAGCCAUUUACAGGCAUUUAAACGUCCAUGCUUCCAGGUAUGAGUGGCUACAGUUUGUGUCUGAGCCUGAUUAUACCCUGAAGGGCUGAAUAGGGCUAAUUGAGUUCUUACCCAAAUGGACUAGGUACAGGGUGGACAGCAUUGUACAGACGUUUAACGUGAGGUAGUGAGUAUCAACAUGGCGGCGGGAUUUAAGAAAACGAAUCCCAAAGUUUUUGCGAAGGUUGGACCGGAAUUGACCCCAGAUAAUAUUUAUUGGAAGAAAUUAUCGGCUCCAGUGCUGGUGAAAGAAUUCGGUCCCAUCGACUACAUAGACUUUUCUCCUAUCGAGCCCCACUACUUCGCAGUCACUUGCUCCGUGAGAGUUCAAGUCUACAAUCCAAUCACAAAACUAGUCACUAAAAAUCUCAGUAAAUUCAAAGAGGCAGCCUAUGGAGGCUCUUUUAGGGCAGAUGGAAAAUUACUCUGCGCAGGUGGUGAGGAGUCAGUGGUCAAACUCUUCGACGUCUCGACGAAGAGUCUCCUCCGUGUCUUCACUGGGCAUAGUGCUGCGGUUCACAGGACCUUCUUCACAGCUGAUGGGCGUCAUGUCGCCUCCUUCUCUGAUGAUAAAACUACAGCCCUUUGGGAUAUUCCCAGUGAGAAGCAGCUCGUGACCUUCAGCGAACACGAGGAUUACAUCAGAGCUGGGGCUGUCAGUCCUGUGUCACCAGAUAUUUUAUUGUCUGGGGGGUAUGACAAAACUGUGCAGAUGUAUGACGCCAGAACUGGCAAAAGUGUCUUCAGUGUUAAUCAUGAAGCACCUGUGGAGAGUCUGGUGUUUUUACCGUCUGGCGGAAUUUUCAUAUCUGCUGGUGGGACUGAAAUGAGAGUCUGGGACGCCCUGGCAGGUGGCAGACUUCUGGCAAAAAUCUCCCAUCACCACAAAACUAUAACAUGCCUGAAAAUCGCAUCAAACGGACACAGGAUAGUCUCAGGAUCUCUGGACAGGCACGUUAAAAUUUACGAUGCGGGCAAUUACAAAGCUGUUCACACUCUGGACUAUCCCAACGCCGUUUUAAGCGUCGGAAUAAGUGCUGAUGACGAGACAAUUGUUGCUGGAAUGGUCGACGGGUUGAUCUCAGUACGGAGACGAGAAGACGAUGCCAAGAAUGACACUAAAUACAAAAGGAAGAAGAUGUCAUACAGAAGGAUGGGCCAGAAUCUUCACGCCUCUACAGUCGAUGUUGUUGUUCCUGAUGAACGAAAAGACGUGAUGAGCAAGCACGACGCUUGUCUGAGGAAGUUCCAAUACUCAAAGGCCCUUGAUUGUGUCAUGCUUAAUUAUGUUGUGAAUAAGACGCCACAUGUUACUGUGGCUGUUCUUCAGGAGCUUAUCAGGCGUCAGGGACUGAGGCAAGCACUUGCUGGAAGGGACGGCAAGUCUCUCACUAAUUUUCUCAAGUUCUUGAUCAGGCAUGUGGGCAAUCCGAGAUUUGGGAGGGUUAUGCUACACGUUGGAAAUGUGUUAAUGGAUGUUUAUGAAGAGUUUUUAGACGAAUUGGGACCAGAACCACGCCUGAUGUUCACCCAGCUUGAGAAAAAACUAAAAGAAGAAGAGGAAUUGAUCACAAACCUGGCUGAACUGCAAGGUACCCUUCACAUGAUUCUCUCAGGAGCUGAAUUCUCCCAACCAAUCGCCAUCAGUGAGCCUCAGGGCUUGACAGCCUCCACCGCAGCCCAGAAAAAUCUAGUACUUAGCAUAUCAUGAUAACGACUCUUCUAAUUCUUGUACAUAAACUAUAAAUACAUUUAUUUUUAAAAAUA